CUUCACGCUCCCAGCGCUGAAAUAUGGUUAAGAGCGGUGCGUCCCCGCCGCCCCGAGUAUGUGGGCGCGCAUGGGAGCGCGCACGCAAGGUACGGAUCAUGGGAAACCUUCCUUCAUGUAGCACCGGACGUUGGUUCCAUUGCUCAAUCUUGCAAAUAUUCACAGCUGUUCCUGGUGUCCAAGGGGAAUAAUUCUGAAACGAUUGCUGGAUCAUGCUUCCCCAAGUCCAAGUGCUUAAGCCUUUCUUCAGACCCUUUUUCUGAAUAAGCCAUUUCACUACCGUACCAAAAACAUCUUUUCAAAAUGGCAAGUGGCGGAGGUGGUGGUAAUUGUAAGCCAAAUCCAAACUGGAGCAAACCUCAAGAAAAACUCCCAGUGCACGUGGAAGAUGCGCUUUCUUAUUUGGACCAAGUAAAAAUCCGUUUUGGAAGUGAUCCAGCUACUUAUAGUGGAUUCUUGGAGAUUAUGAAAGAGUUCAAAUCUCAGAGCAUUGACACUCCUGGAGUUAUCCGCAGGGUCUCUCAGCUGUUCCAUGAGCAUCCAGACCUGAUGCUUGGAUUUAAUGCCUUUCUACCACUUGGCUACAAAAUAGAACUUCCAAAAAAUGGAAAAGUGGUUGUUCAGACAACCCUGUCUAGCCCCGUGUCAACAGAUGCAACCACUAGCUCUUUGUCUAGCAGUCGUGUAAUUGUGCCCCCUGUUCCUGAAAAUGUACUCAGUGAGGUGCCUCAGGAGUCUCGGCAGCAGGAAAAGGAGAAGCCUCAGCCCCCUCCAGAAUCUGACUCACUGGAGUUCCACAAUGCUAUUAGCUAUGUGAAUAAAAUCAAAACUCGGUUUUUAGACCGGCCUGAAAUCUACAGGUCUUUCCUAGAAAUCCUCCACACAUACCAGAAGGAUCAGCUGAAUCCCAAAGGUCGCCCUUUCCGAGGUAUGUCAGAAGAGGAGGUAUUUACAGAGGUUGCAAGUCUAUUUCAUGGACAGGAAGAUCUGUUGUCUGAAUUUGGUCAGUUCCUUCCAGAGGCAAAGAGAUCCUUGUUCACAGGAAAUGGAGCUUGUGAUCUUAGUGCCAGGAAACUUGAGUACCAGCGGAACCUAGAACAAAGUCGUAAGAGGUCUAGACCUCUUCUUUUGCGGUCCAUGCCUUCUUCCAAGAAGAAGAUGAAGAUGCGAAAGUCCAAGGACCCGUCAAUGGCUAGUGUAGGAAAGUAUGGCACUCUGCAGGAGUUCUCAUUCUUCAAUAAGGUCCGCCGUGUUCUUAAGAGCCAGGAAGUCUAUGAAAAUUUUCUCCGUUGUAUCGCACUUUUCAACCAGGAACUGGUUUCUGGUUCUGAGCUACUGCAGCUGGUCACACCAUUUCUAGGAAAGUUUCCUGAACUCUUUGCACAGUUCAAGUCUUUCUUAGGUGUUAGAGAGCUUUCGUUUGCUUCACCAGUAACAAAUGAUCGCUCCAAUGAGGGCAUUGGGCGGGAGAUCGAUUAUGCAUCUUGCAAGCGCAUUGGCUCCAGUUACCGUGCUCUUCCCAAAUCUUUUCCACACCCAAAAUGCAGUGGGAGGACUGCACUUUGCAAGGAGGUAUUAAAUGACACUUGGGUGUCCUUCCCCUCAUGGUCUGAAGAUUCUACUUUUGUUAGUUCCAAAAAGACUCCAUAUGAGGAGCAGCUUCACCGCUGUGAAGAUGAGAGGUUUGAGUUGGAUGUUGUUUUGGAAACCAAUUUGGCUACCAUUCGUGUGCUUGAAAGUGUCCAAAAGAAACUCUCCCGCAUGUCUCCUGAAGACCAGGAAAAGUUCAGGCUAGAUGACCGCUUGGGAGGCACUUCAGAGGUUAUACAACGCAGGGCAAUCUACAGAAUAUAUGGGGACAAAGCUCCAGAUAUUGUUGAAAGUCUAAAGAAAAAUCCAGUCACUGCUGUACCUGUGGUAUUAAAGAGACUGAAAGCAAAAGAGGAAGAGUGGAGGGAAGCACAGCGUGGCUUCAACAAAAUAUGGCGAGAGCAGUAUGAGCGGGCAUACUUGAAGUCUUUAGACCACCAGGCUGUCAAUUUUAAGCAAAAUGACACCAAAGCCCUUCGCUCCAAAAGCUUGCUUAACGAGAUAGAAAGUGUCUAUGAUGAGCGGCAGGAACAGCAACCAGAUGGCAGGACGACAACAUCUAGCGGACCCCAUUUAAUCUACACUUAUGAGGAUUGGCAAAUUCUGGAAGAUGCUGCAGCGCUAAUAACAUUCUAUGUGAGUCGGCAACCAACUAUCCAAAAGGAAGACAAGGACACUAUUUGGCAGGUUCUGCACCAGUUCCUUCCUGAGCUGUUUUUCUCAUCAUCAUCAUCAUCUCCUUCCUGCCAAUCUUUAUUUGCUGCUUCUGCCGAUGAGACUCCUGUUGAGACUAUCCCAGAGUCUUCAGUUACUGAACUGCCAGAACGCAGAAGGAAAGCUGUGACCCCAGAAGUAGUCCCAGAGCCCCCACCCCCUGUGGAGAUACCCCAUGAACCUCCUCCAAAGACCAUAGAUGAAGUUUACAGUUUGUUCUACACCAACAACAACUGGUAUUUUUUUCUGCGGCUACACCAAACUCUGUGCUCUCGGCUUCUGAAGGUAUAUCGACAGGCACAGCACCAGCUGAUUGAGUACCGGACUGAGAAAGAAAAGGAAAAACGAUUAUUUGAUGGCAGGAGAGACAGGUCAAAUGGACCAGCCAUGGAGCUCCGGCUGAAGCAGCCUAGUGAGGUGGAGUUAGAAGAAUAUUAUCCUGCUUUCCUGGACAUGGUGAGGAAUCUUAUUAUUGGAAAUCUGGAUCCUACACAUUAUGAAGACACUUUGCGUGAAAUGUUCACCAUUCAUGCUUACAUUGCUUUCACCAUUGACAAGCUGAUUCAGAACAUCACACGGCAGCUCCAUCAUCUAGUAAGUGAUGAGAUUUGCCUUAAAGUGGUAGAGUUGUACUUAAGUGAAAAGAAGCGAGGAGCUGCUGGGGGUAAUCUUGCAUCUCAAUGUGUCAGAGCUGCCAAGGAAGCCAGUUACCAGUGGAAGGCUGAACACUGUAUGACAGAUGAGAAUUGCUUUAAGAUGAUGUUUUUGCAGCGCCACGGUCAGGUAACAAUGACUAUCGAGCUGUUAGACACAGAAGACGUGCAGACUGAAGACCCCACAGAGGUUCAGCAUCUAGCUAACUAUAUGGAGCAGUUUAUUAAUGUGGAUGGAACCCAUAGCAGUCAGAGCGAAGGCUUUGUUCUGAAACCUGUAUUGUUACAGAGGAACAUAAGAAGUUUCCAUAGCUGGCAAUAUAGGACUAUGCGAGUUAUGAAGGAUGAAGUGAAGUCUUCGUGGAAGAAGCUAAUGGGGGUAGAAAGUGCAAGCAACAUGGACUGCCGCUUCAGACUCAACAGCCACAAGAUGAUGUUCAUUGUUAAUUCGGAAGACUAUAUGUACCGCUGUGGAACACUUUCCAAAGCCAGAGAGGUCCAGCCACAAGUUUUCCAAAAACACCAUGAGAAGUUUUCUGCAUGGCACAGACACUGGCUUGAGGAAAAUGUCAGUUCAAGAGCUGCGGAAAUCAUACAGGAUUGGCUUACAGGAGAAGAAGAUGAAGAAAUGGUUCCUUGCAAGACGGUGUGUGAAAACUCUGAAGUUCAUGGCAUGAGUGUUACCCGGUAUCGGGUGCAGUACCCUCGAAGGGCUGCCUCUCCCUAACACACUCAGAAACACAGUCACAUUUCUACAUUUGCUGCUCAAUAACAUUUCAUAGGGCUGGGGUUUCUUAUUUUUGUUUUUUAUUAUUUGUUUUGGUGUGCCUGAUAUAAACUAGAAUAUGCUGAACAUUAUUCCCAGUGCCAUGAAUUUCCUCGAAUAUAAGCAUUUUACAAAAACUAUAGGGAUAUUACUGACAGCUCUACUUGAACAAAAUACAUCUGAAAAGGCCAAAAAGGGGCUCAUCAAACUUUUAACUAUGUAAUAUGCCAUCAGUUAUAUUUUAAGACGGUAUUAAUGAAACACAGACACCGCAAAUGCUUCUCUUGCCAUGUUGUGGUUUUUUUGGGGUUUUUUUUUUGCCAGUGAGGACCCUAUACAUUGCUAGAGGCUCACAGUACAGCCAGAGAGAUAGUUACCAUGUCACAGAUUGCUAUAUACGUCUGACACAAUUGCUGUGCUUCUAAUAUAAAUUCUACAAAUCUCUGUAGUACAGUAUGUACUUGUACAUACUCGUACUUUGCACUUCUUCUGUGUAAGAGUAUGUACUUCUCCUAUGUAACAAUCCAGGAUAGGCAUAUUGGCAUUAGCCCAGUAGUGACAUAUAUGGGAGGACGCAGGUUGUCACUCUUGGAUUACACAGUACUAUUGUGACAUUAAGGGGCAGAUUUAUUAAUGGUCAAAUUAAAAAUUCUAACUCGAUUUUUGAAUUUUUUUGAUUUUAUGGUCAAAACUCUCAAAUUCAAAUUGUGAAUUAUCUAAACUUGAUUUGGGUUUUAAUUCGAAUGUCUAGAUUUAUCACACUCUGGCCCUUUAAGAACUCAUUUGACUAUUCGCCACCUAAAACCUGCUGAGUUCAAGUUAAUGGGAGAGGUCCAGGGACCAAUUUUGGUCAUGUUAGUAGGCUUCCGGACAUGUAGAAAAAACUCGAAUUGAGUUUGGUCGGAUUCUAUUAGAGUUUUCAAGUCGGUAAAAUUUGUGCGAGUUUAAUAUAUACGAUUUUCUUAUUAAAUACCCCUCAAUCGAAUUUCGAGUAUAUUUAAAUUGAAUAGAAUUUAAAAAAACACAAAUUUGACGUUUAAUAAACGUGCCUCUAAGAUUUUAUAACGGUCAUGAGCACUUAAACAGGUUUGCUUUAUGUAUAAUAUUAUUACCAAUAACCGUACAUGCUAUGUAUUUUGAGACUUUAAUAGGCUUUACUAUAUUAUCAACCUGUUAAUGAUUGCCAAAACACGUGCUUACUGAGAUGUAAACAUUUGCUCACACAAAAAUCACAGACUUCAGAAGUCCCUCUUAGAGAAGGGAACCACUUUUUAUUCCUGUUGACUAUAGUCUUGGCACUGGAUCACCAUAGCCCUUCUGUGAUCAGACAGGGAACUGUAAUAGUUGGAUAUAAUAAUUGCAGAGCAGCACUGCUCAGCAGUGGGGCUUGCAGUUUGCACCCAAUGCUAUAAAAAGUAUUUUAAAGUGGAGCAUCCCCCCCGUGCAACAGUAAUAAUUACAGUUACAAGGAAAGCCUACCAGUCUACAACAUUUUAGUGUGUUUUCCUGUGCCAAGUGACUGCUCACCUUAGUUAAAAUCCAGCAGUGUUCUCAGGUACUCUUUGCCUAUGCUGAAACCCUGAUAUCAGUACUGCCUGGCAGGGCAGAAGCUAUUUGUGCCUUCCCAAUAACUAUAAGAAGGUGCAUAUUUGAGCAGUUUUAUUUAGACUGCUGUAUUUUCAUUUGUCCGUAUAUCUACAUGUGACCAUUUGAAAGUGACUACAUUGGAAGCUAAUUUGAGCCAGCUAGGGCUUCUCAGAGUAAACAGGCAUUGUGUGCAUUAAAGGAAAAUUAAUCUUAGAAUAUGGUUUGGCCUGUUCUGAGUUGUUUAAUGAGACUGGCUUACACUUUCAGACUUUUACUUGUAUAUCCCAGCAACUUACAGCCAUAAAAUUAUACCUCCUUGGUAUUAGAAAAAGUACAAAUUGUGUUUGGAUUUGCAGGGAAUUCCAAAUGUUUUUGUGACUUCCCAAGAGAAAUGAAAGUUCAUUUUUACAGUAGGAUCCAAAGUCGUCUUCCACCACCAAAAACUGUGUUUAUUUCAGCAUUUAUAGUAAUAAGUCAAAUUCACUGGACUUGCUGUAUUUUCUUUUUCCCUUGAACACGUUUCUCUAGUCAUACGACUGAAUUGAGAAAGCCAUAGUUGGAUGACUGGAGAAACAUCUUAAAGAAAAAAGUAAAUACAGUCCUGUUGAUUUGUAUAGUAGUUUGGACACGCUGUACCCCCAUCAAAUUAAAACACAGCAAUCCUAAACAUGACCAGAUUCUGCUAGGUAUCCACAAAUCUUGGAAGAUAAUGUUCCAUGACAUCAAAUCAGACCGCAGUCUAAAUUAUAUCUCAAUGCCAGUGGCAAGCUAAGAAUGUUUGCGAAUAGGGGUGAACGAAAUGUUUCACUUUAAAAAAACACCCAUAGACUCUAAUGUAUAGUAAAAAAAAAUUGAACAUAGUCGUGAAAACACCGAACACGCAAUGCGUUUGGCAAAUUAAAUCCCCAUCACAUUGAGCCAACAAUGAGCUGUUUUUUUCCCACUACCACCACUGGAGUAUCUAGAAAUACUUUAUUCCAAAAUGGAGCCCAGUGUAGAAUACUGUUUGCGCUUCACCAAGCCUUUAAUGUUUUUGGUGAUCUAAAUGUAGCGGCUCACGUGGGUGCAUUUUUGCUGCUGGCGAUUUUCCUUUACCGUAAUUAUUUAGUAGUAGUAGUCUGGUUUACAUUUGUUCCCUAAAGAACUAUGGUUAACUCCUUUUCACUUAGAAAAUCAGCUGAACGUGUUAUUUGGUCAGGGCUGUCCACAUUUAAAUACAACUGUAUUCGCGUGAAUCACGUGAAUUGUCCUGGUCUUAAAAAUUAAUAUGGGAAAGUUAAACAAAAUUGCUGGUAGAAGGACAUUAACAUGACUUUCCAGCUGCUUCUAGCAUUGUUAAGGUAGCUUAGUGAAGCAGUUUGAGCGACAAAAACUAUCCCAGCACCAAACUGCAGCGAUUGGAAGUUUCUAAAUGUAUGCUUGAAAGGCAGUGACAUCCAAAGACCAGUAUAACCAACUGAAGUAAAAGAUAGGACUGUUGCCGAGUCCAUGAUUCAAUUGCCAACUGAACAAAAGAGGACAUGGCUGCACAAUAGGUUAAGGCGAAAGUACAUAAAAGUUACAGUCCAUAAUGAUGGUAAAAAUAUUGCAUACAUAUUGACCAGAGACAGUACCUACUCUUUUUUCACUGAGGCUUGCCAUCUCCUCUGGCUUAAAGCUACAUGGAAGAAUAUUCCUUUGCUGGCAAGACAAUGAUCCUAAUCAUUCAGCUGCACAGGCCUGUUUGAAUGGCGGUUAAGAGCACAGCUCAACCUCCGUAUCUUUGGGUACACUUGAAAACACUCUCUAGGCUUCACUUAGCCCAAAGAGUUGACUUUCAGUGAAUAUUAAUAAAAUGUUUUUAAGAUGAAUUUUCCUUUGUGUAAAAAACCUUGUGAAUUUUGCAUAAAUGAUGAAAUAAACACAGUUUGUACUCUC